ACCAACACUACAACAACGUCGUCUCAUCGUCAAUUCAACUGUCGAUAACUCACAAACAUUGUCCAUCCCCCCAAAAAAACUAAUUCGGCAUCCCUCCAGACACAAUGGCUGCCACAACUACAAAGACCAACACCCCAAAGGCCGCCAACGGCGCUGGUGUCAAGAAGGCGCCUGCGAAGCUCGGCCGCGUCGGCAAGAAGAACAACGCAAAGAAUGCCAUGAUCAGGAUGCAAGCAUACUUCAAGGCUCAUCGCGACGAGUACAAGGACCUCACCUUUAAGGAGCAACAGCAGGAGCUCGGCAAGAAGUGGAAGGCAUCGCCAGAGAACCCCAAGAACAGCGCUUGAUGACCGCAAUAGCCAACACACAUCUUCACACCCAACCAUUGUUCAUUGGAUGAUGAAGAAAUAUCCGACGGACGGAAACAUGCGAUAUGGCAUGAGGAAGCUCCAUUUCUUUUCUUGUUCAUCACUCACCCUUCUGCCAUGUGUUAUACGACGGUUCCGGCGUUUGGGCGGCAGUAAUCAUGGCGCAUAGGACUUGUAGUAGUUAGUGAUACGAUUCUGUUACAAUAUGGAAGAAUUAAUUUAAAACGUC